CGGGCCCCUUUGCACCAGUGUGUGAGAGACAGCCAGGCCCAGAGGAGUGGCUCAGCCGCUCUGCCUGUGUUAGGAGUUUCUGUCCUGCAGGGGGACGACAGGGCUUUUGCUGGCGAGCCCAGACUGCUGCUGUGCGGGGACAGGCAAGUUGCAGAUUCCGGGGACGUCGGCCCACAGAUGAGGCUGCUGUGGACUCUCCUGACCCUCUGGCUGUUGGCAGCAGAGGAUCUCUCUGCCCACAGAGCACGGACCCGCAGAGAGCUGGCACCAGGCUUGCACGAGCGGGGGAUCCGGGACGCCGGCGGCUCGUACUGUGAGAGGAAUGAUGCCUGCUGCGUGGGCAGGGACGACGCCUGCACUGUGCCCUACCUGGAUACCAUCUGCUACUGCGACCUCUUCUGCAACCGCACCGUCUCCGACUGCUGCCCUGACUUCUGGGAGUACUGCCUGGGCAUCCCGCCCCCCUUGGCCGUGCACAAAGGUUGUGAUCGUGGUGAACACAAGUACCCAACCGGAGCCACCUACAGAGAAAACUGCAACCUCUGCACCUGCAGCGGGAACGGGAAGUGGGACUGUGAGCAGCACCCCUGCCUCAUCGAUGGGGAGAUGAUUGAUGCCAUCAACAGAGGGAAUUAUGGCUGGAGAGCCGCCAACUACAGCCAUUUCUGGGGGAUGACGCUGGAUGAAGGGGUCCGCCACCGGCUGGGGACCAUCAAACCACCCCCCACGGUCAUGAACAUGAACGAGCUGCAGAUGAGCAUGGACACCAAUGAGUGGCUCCCCAGCCAUUUCAACGCAGCUGACAAAUGGCCCGGGUUGAUCCUCGAGCCCCUGGACCAGGGCAAUUGCGCCGGCUCCUGGGCUUUCUCUACAGCAGCGGUGGCAUCGGACAGGAUCUCCAUCCAUUCCAUGGGGCACAUGACGCCCGCCCUGUCCCCCCAGAACCUGAUCUCGUGUGACACCCGGAACCAGCAGGGCUGCAGCGGGGGCCGGAUCGACCGGGCCUGGUGGUAUCUGCGCAGGAGAGGGGUGGUGACUGACAGCUGCUACCCCUUCACCAGCUGGGAGAAGGACAGUGCCCACACAGGCCGGCCCUGCAUGAUGCAAAGUCGCUCCACGGGCAGAGGGAAGAGGCAAGCCACCCAGCAGUGCCCUAACCCCCAGGCCCACUCCAACGAGAUCUUCCAGUCGACCCCCGCCUACCGCCUCUCCUCCAGCGAGAAGGAGAUCAUGAAGGAGCUGAUGGAGAAUGGACCUGUGCAAGCCAUCAUGGAGGUUCACGAGGAUUUCUUCGUGUACAAGAGCGGAGUCUAUCGGCACACGCCGGUGAUGGCUGGGAAGCCGGAGCACCACCGGAGACACGGCACCCACUCGGUGAAAAUCACAGGGUGGGGAGAAGAGAGGACGCCCCAGGGGCAGACUCAGAAGUACUGGGUGGCUGCGAACUCCUGGGGCAAGCACUGGGGUGAGGACGGCUACUUCCGCAUUGCCCGGGGUGCCAACGAGUGCGAGAUCGAGACCUUCGUGGUGGGCGUCUGGGGCCGCGUCAGCAUGGAGGACAUGCGGCGCCGGAAGUGAGCCAGCCGGGUGGCCCCGCGUGGCACGGGGAGGCCUUUCCUCCCACAGCCCCGACGUGCUCCAUGAAGCCCAAGUGUGAUCUGGACCCAGCCACAGGCACCUGCAGCAGACUCUGACUUUGUCACUACCCCCAAGGGACCCCAAAGGAUCCCCAGUCGGCCGCCAGCCUCUCCCAGGACUAGGUAGGGCUCUGGGAGGCCGGGGACCUGGGAGGAUCCCUGAGGACUCACAGAGCUGCCACCAAGGAAUGUCUUCAUAGCAUGGGCCUCGCCCUCUCCUGGUAACGGACCCUCGGCCCUGACCAGUUCCUAGCUGGAGACGUGCUGGGACCCUGAGGCCUGUUCCCCUCUGGGACGCUCCUUAGUGAGGAUGGGGCCUGUUUACACUACUCGGGAGGGGUUUGGGGCCGUGGCUUCUGCUGUGGGGCUGGGGUGCCUUGGGCCCUGCCAUGUGGCGGGGACAGACCAGUGGAAAUCAGAUCAGCCUGUCACCCCACCCUUUUGGGAACGAUGCUGCCGCCUUCGGGGUUCCCCCUUGCCCCAGCCCCGUCACCCAUCGCUGGGCUUUUCCCCAGAGAUACGGAGGGGGCCCUAGGGCUUCCUGGACCCCCAGCUCUCCAGAGACCAACCUGUAGUUAACCCUUUCAUCUCCCUGGGGGCAAGGGGUGCCACUGAGCCAUGCCUUUGUCACCCCAGUGGCAGGGUGUCUGCCCCUGUGCCCUCUGCCAGUGGGCGAGGAGAUGGUGCAGCCAGCACGAGGAACCCCGGCAUUUCCUGAGAGCCUCUCGCAUUUCCAGGGAGCCAGAUCUUCAGGGAUUACCACCAGCCACGCUGCCUGGAUGGAGCUGGGCUGGGGCAGGGGAGUAACUGCCGUGCUGCCGUUCUUCACCCUGGCCAUCUCUAGCUUUCCCAUCGUCCUAGAGGUUCCCUCCUCCCCGCCCCUCCCGCACCCUUGGGAGCCCACCCUGGUCUCCCACCCAGUCCCACUCCAGUCCCCACGGACCAACCUCCCAAUUUCCCAUGCACCCUUCCACGGCCCCCUGCUCUGAUCCUCAGCGUCUCACCUCCAAAUGACCCCCAUCUCGCGCGGAGCCCUGUUGGGACCCGGGCAAGGCUGGCUUUCUGCUGACACCGAGGCCAUGGUGCGCUGGCCCGUAUCUUAUAUGUGCUGAGCACUUGAAAGUGCGUCCCCAGCCCCCUGGCUUUUAACCACGGCCCCAUGCUUUGUACCGGCCGGCAGGGUCUUAGUGCCUAAUCCCGGCCUGGCUCAACAGGCCAUUGUUGGGAGCCUGAGGUCGCUCGGAGGUUGGCGCUUGACGCCCUCGCUGGCGCUGUCAGCGGCGCGGCCCGAGUCGUGACAGUAAGCUGCAGCCUUUCAUGUCAAAGAGGUGGAGGAUUGUUAAACCAGACCCGUGCUUCCGCCUGACCGGAGUGGCGGGGACGGGGAGGGGGGCUUGAACUGCCUGCUCCAGCAGAGGAGCCAGGAAUUGCUCUUUGGCUCCAAAGGGCUCUGGGAGACCCAGUGACCGGGCAGCUCUCUGCACUCAUGCAGAGAAGCAGAAGCCCGUCAGCAUCAGGUGUGUUUGGAUCUGGGGCGGGAGAUGGAGCAAAACCAAAUGGGACCCCUGGCUCGAUCCAGGGCAGAAACCCCGUGUCUGACACAUGGCAUUGCUGUGGCAAACUCUCACACGGGCCCUGGUGCGGGUUUCCUCUCCCCUCCGUGAUGCUACCCAGGCUGGACGGCUUGUCCUGCCUAGGCCUCCUUACCCGCUUGGAUUUAUUUUGCCCUCUCUGCCCAGCUGCUGCCCCCCCUUUCAGCAAAUCCCCAUUGUCCAGCUCAGAGCUUAGCUGCAAAAAACAUCAAAAACUGUGAAAUCCUUCCCGUCCCACCCGGCUCCGGGCCCAUCCCUCCGGCUUCCUGGCCGCGCUGGGAUCAGUGUCUCCUUGUUCAAGAAGCGGCGUUGAAGUUAAGGGCAGAGCCAGCUCUUCUCCCAAAGGCCUUGAGCCUUUAAAGAGCGCCAUGUGAGAGCACAUGCAUCUCCUCCCUCCCCGUGUGCAAAUGGGUGUUUGCACAGCCAGCCUCGCCUUUUUGUUUUGCACAAGCGGGCGUUGCUCACUAGGAGAUGGCAUUUGCCCUUGCGCAAACGUGGUAGCACGCGGCCUCUGGACCACUUGAGCCUGCCCUAGGCACUUGUGCUGCCCUGGGGCGAAUUUCACACAAGGGGCGUUUGUGCCUUUAACGGGGCCCCAAAGGAGGGGUGUUCUUCCACCGGGGGCUGCGGAGCUGGCUUCAAGCCAGGAUUCUCCGCCGGGGCAGCUUUGUGCUGCGCCGAACUGGGAGGUGUCUCAGCGUAAAGCCGGGCAACUCCAGAGUGUAAUCGAAACUUCUCUCCAGCCUGUCGCUUUCCAGAACAGGCACGGAAUCUGCCUUUUCCCUAUGGUGCUAAAGGGCCCAGCCCAGGAAAAUGUCCAGUACCAAGGGCCUUGAUUUGGGGAAUUUAUACUUCUGUCGCUGUCAGUGGCUAAGCCCCCUGGCUUUUUGACUUCAGUGGGAGCUGCACGUUGCAAUGGUUGCUGACGUACUCACAACAGUGUUUGCUGAUGUACUCAGAGCUUCAGCCGGGAGCAGGGGAGGGAGGCGCUCUGUGUCGCUCUCUCCUGAUCCAAAGGGUAGUUGCUCUCAGCCCAACGUCCCCGUCCACAUGUCAGAGAGGAGAGCUGGUGUCCGAGAUGUGGCAGAUGCUUUGUCAGGACAAUCUGGGUCCUGAGACUGCACUGGCCAGUCUCAACAGUGAGUCUGUAUCCAGAGACAGAACAAGACCGCAAUCUACCUGCCUAGCGAGCGGUCGGGCUGUACGGAGGCAUUGUAUUUUAAGACUCUUUUGUAUUUAUUGUGCUUUUUAUUAUUUGUACGUAAAUUUAUUGAAGCCUC